AUGUUGCAUUUGCUUCGGCACACUGGUGUAGUGGCAGAGCUGGUGCUUGUCGCAGGCGUGUCACUGGCCUUGUACUGGCCAAGCACCGCAUAUGAGUUCACCUUUGAUGAUGCACGUGGUGUUGUGGAGAAUCCGGACUUGAAGUCAUCAACCCCAUGGACGACCCUCUUCUUCCACGACUUCUGGGGGAACGGGAUGGACGACCCACGCAGCCACAAGUCAUAUCGCCCCGUCACCGUGCUUUUUUACAAGGCAAUCGUCACGCUGUCUGGCGGUGCACGUGAUCCGUAUGGCUUUCACCUGGCUGGCGUUGUGUUGAACGCUCUGGUGUGUGCCCUCGCCCACCUUGCGCUCAAACUAAAGCUUCACUUGCCCAGCUUCCCAGCGCUCGUGGCUUCCCUCGUGUUUGUCGUUCAUCCAAUCCACACAGAAGCUGUCUGUUCUGCUGUGGGCUUGGCAGAGGUGCUGUCUGCAACGUUUCUGCUGCUGGCAUGGCUGACUUAUCCACCUUCUGGCGUGCUGAUGCCGAGAUGGAAACGGGUGUGGCGGUUUUCGCUGUUUACGGCACUGGCCACGCUGGCCAUGUUGUCGAAGGAGCAGGGCAUCAUCGUCAUUGGUGUUGCUUGUGGCAUUGACACCAUCACCACGUGCAACACCAGCAACCCGCUGCUUGCCCUGUGGUCAUUGCUCCCGCUCGCGUCAACGGCAGCCACUGACGCAGCCGGCAGCAAGAAGCUCAAGCGUCUCCAGCAACACGGCACACCCAAACACAGCAGCACCAAACUCAAACACACUACCAACACCAACAACACCACAAACAGCAAGGAAGGCAAGGUGACUGGUGCGACGACCAAGGCAGGCACAGGCAUCAACACAGCGCGCCUGCAGCUGGUGGCGUGCGCCGUGGUGGCCGUGUGCCUGCUUGCGUUUCGCCUCGUCAUCAUGCAUGGCCAGAAGCCGCCGUUCACCGCACACGAAAUUCCAGCCGCAUAUGCGCCGACGUGGCUGUCGCGCGCGCUCACCAUGAACUAUUACGUUGCCUUCAACGCCAAGUCCCUUCUGUGGCCGUUGGGCCUGUGUCACGAUUGGUCGCACAGCAGCAUCCCUCUCAUCACCUCAUGGACGGAUGUCCGCAAUGUUCACACCGGCCUUGUUUACAGCUCCAUAUUGGCCAUUGCCACCUGGGCAAUGCGGACAACAGCACCGGCAGCACAAUCUACAUCACGCGCCGUCACAUGCACACCGCAAUUCUGGGCGGCGUCGGCGCUGCUGUAUCUGAUCAUCGCGUUUCUCCCGGCGUCAAAUCUCCUCUUCAACGUCGGCUUUGUCGUUGCUGAACGCGUUCUCUUCACUCCGAGCCUCGGAUUUGCUGUGCUGGUGGGGGUUGCGGCCCACGCUUUAUCGUGUCGGAGGGCAGGUGAAGGCGGAGUGAGCGAGCAGGCGCGUGUGCAGCUGUUGAAAGAUGCUGAGUCAGCGUUUCUGCUGGCACUGAACCCGAACAGCACCGACGCCGCCGCAGAGCUCAACUACGGCAUCCUCCUCAACGACCUGGGGCGGCAUGCGGAGGCAGAGGCCAUGCUGCUGCGCGGCGUCGCCAAGAACGACCCGACGCGCACAUCUGUCCGUCUCCGGCAGCACCUCGGCGCUCUCCACUUCCACCAGCAGCGGGCCGAUCGCGCCCACGAUUUCUUCAUGCAGGCGUGGCAGCUUGACAAUCGGGAUGCGAACACGGCCAACGGUGUCGGUGUUGUCUUUGCGACAGAGGACAACAACGAGGAGGCGAGCAAGUGGUUCAGGCGCGCCGUGGAUCUGAACCCCGACUACUCCAAGGCGCACUUCAAUCUGGGAACAGCGCUCUUUCACCUUAAGCGAUAUGACGAGUGCCUGCAUCACCUGCGUGAGGCUGUGCGAAGUGAUCCAUCAUCCCCCGACGCCCGCAAGCAGCUCCAGAGCAUAUCCGAAUGGCUGGAGAAGCAGAGCCGCAACGCCGCCAAGACACUGGUGUAGGCAGCCUGCAUAAUAUAUUUGUGUGCACGUAUAUAACCGAGAGAGAGAGAGAGAGACAAGGGGUGUGUGCAUGAAACACUGUGCUUUUUAUUGCUUGCUUGGUGCCCAAGGCUGUCGCGUAACUAUUGGAAUGACUGACAUGAAC